ACAAACAACAGAAACGACCUACUGGGACGAACGCCCUUUCAAAAUAAUGUUUAUAGUAAAACAUGUUCAAGUACAGGGACUCUAAAUCAAUCCAACUCUUCAUAAACGUAUUUUACCAAUACCUUCUCAUCGCGUUUUAGGAUAUAUUGAUGUGUUCUAGUCGCAAGAUCACACCACUUUUUACUUUUGUGCAAAUAAGAUAAAUAUUUUGAAAGAGCGGAAGUUUACAUUACGACUAGCAUGGGCCUUCUGAAGAAAAGCUAACACGUGAAGGAUCUGAACAUGAAAUUCUGUAGAAAUAUAGUUCGCAGAGAGUUUUGCCCAUUUCUUUAUCAUUCACCAACGUGGGCACAAUGUCGCAGACUACAGCGGUGCUUACGGGCCCUGAGCACUUUGGACACAGACCCGAGAGACAAGCCUCGACUUCGAGCAGUGGACCUGGCCGAUAAGGUCCAGAAGGAGAAACUGAAGACCCAGAUAGACCCGAACCCUGUGUCCGCAUUACAGCAGAGGGUGACUGAGCUCAGGCAGCUUACACGGCAACUCCAAAAUGUGCAUCCCAACGUGCUAGCCAAACACUUGCAUAGAAAUGUCCUGUAUCAGGAUAAGGACCUGGUUAUCAUAAACAAACCAUAUGGAAUAACUGUGCGAGAUGACUCCACAACAAACUCCAUGUCCAUCUCCAGUGUGCUUCCUGUACUGUCUAAACUGAUGGAUGGGAUGAAAGUGAAGACUGAUUCUCUGCUUCUGCCUUGUCUGGGUUUGGAGAAGGAGGUCACAGGGGCUCUUCUGUUAGCUCGAAGUUUAAAAGCUGCAGAGCAUAUAGCCUACCUACAUAGUCACAACCAAGUGCAAAGGAAAUACUGGGCUGUCGUAGUGGGUGUACCAGUGCCAGGCGAGGGAGUCAUAGAUAUUCCAAUUAUUGAGCGUGAGGUCACCGGUCCUCAGCCACAUUAUAAGAUGUCUCUUAGCCCUCUUUUCAGAAUGAAGGAUGGUGGAGAUGGUCUAACCAAAAUGCGAGCACAUCGGCAAGCUCAACCUGCGGUGACCAAAUACAAGGUUUUGGAUAGCAGCAGUGGUUGCAGUCUUGUGGAACUAGAGCCAUUGACAGAUGUGAAGCAUCAGCUGAGGGUUCAUAUGGCACUUGCCUUAGCUUGUCCCAUUCUUGGUGAUCAUAAAUAUUCCCAUAGGAGUAAGCUAGCACCUCAGAAAUUGCCAGAGCGGAUACUGAAAAAGCUGAAACUAGAGCAAAGCAAGAGCCGUAAUCUUCCUCUUCACUUGCAUUCUCGAGAGCUGACAGUUCAACAAACGUCAGAAAUUAACCUGACCUGUUCUCUGCCUAAAUACUUUUUCCAGACUUUGGGUCUUCUGCACCUAACUUUUACAGAUGAAAAAGACAAAUAAUGCAAUUAAAAAUUGUAAUCUUAGAGAGCCAUUGUGUGUGUUUUCCCAAAAUAAACGAUGAUCUACAGUAUCUAUAAUGUGA